UUGAUAUUUUGAGACAAAAUUCUCAAAUAAAACGGGACAGCCGUUUCUCAUAAAAAAACUACAGCCCGCAACACAAAUUCGCUGCUGUUCCACCGCGCCUCCACCGCGCCUCCACCGGACCACCAUUGCUUGUACGACGGCAGCCCCGGCUCUAGCAUACCUUAGCCCUCAAGUAGAUCCGCCGCUAAUUCUUACAUUUUGGUUUUGAGGCGCCGGAAGUAUUUGCUGAAAGAGGAAGGAAGCUCUUGAUGGUUUUGACGUUCUUUCUUGAAUAAUUUUGAAUGAAUCAAAUGAAGAGAGAAGCGCCCAAGUUUCCAUGCUUGGAGACAGAGGUAGACAGAAUCAGCAACUUACCUGGGCACAUUUUAGACCAAAUUUUAUCACAGUUGUCAAUUAGAGAUGCAGUGAGAACAAGUGCUUUGUCAAGUAAGUGGAGGCACAAAUGGGCUAAAAUUCCAAAUCUUGUGUUUGAUAACCAAUGCAUCUCAGUUCCUUCUCAAGAUCAAACUCUCGUUAAGAAUAAGAUCGUCAACAUAGUUGAUCAUGUCCUUUUGCUUCAUAAUGGACCGAAACAUAAAUUUAAACUCUCUCACCGAGAUCUUCUAGGUGUAAGUGACAUUGAUAGGUGGAUUCUUCAUUUGUCCAGAAGUUCUGUUUCUCUCAAAGAAUUUGUCCUUGAAAUAUGGAAAGGGCAGCGUUAUAAAGUACCUUCUUCUUUAUUCACUUUUGAGCAUUUAGUUCAUUUGGAGCUAUUUAAUUGUUUACUGAAACCCCCUUUAACAUUCAAAGGCUUUAGGAAUUUGAAGAGCCUUGACCUUCAACACAUUACCCUGACCCAGAAUGUAUUUGAAAAUUUAAUAUUCAGCUGCCCCCUGCUUGAGAGGUUGACUUUGAUGAAUUUUGAUGGCUUCACUCACCUCAAUGUCAAUGCCCCAAAACUCCAGUUUUUUGACAUUGGAGGUGUUUAUGAUGAUGUUACUUUUGAGAAUACUUUUAAGCUAACACUCGUCUCUAUUGGCCUGUAUGUGAAUGUCAAAAAUGACCGAAAUGUGGUUCAUGGGAGUUCUAGUAAAUUGCUCAGGUUCUUCGCGAAUUUGCCUCACAUUCGAAGGCUCGAGGUCCAGAGUUACUUUCUGAAGUAUUUGGCUAUCGGUAAUAUUCCAAGAAGUUUGCCUAAACCAUGCAUUAAUCUUAGUUACCUAUCUAUACGGAUCAAUUUCAAUGAUAUGGAGGAGAACUCAGCUGCCUUAUGCCUUUUAAGAAGCUCCCCUAACGUACAAGAACUGGAGAUGCUGGCUCGCCCAGAGGAACAGAGUGUUAUCGCAACAAUCAUCAACUUUUGGGAGGACGAACACUGGAACAAUCUAUUUGGCCAACUACGACAAGUGAAGAUUGUCGGCAUUAGUGGUAUGAAGUGCGAAUGUGAUUUCAUUAGCUUUCUGCUUUCAAACUCUCCCGUGCUUGAGAGAAUGACUGUGAAACCAGCUUCCGGUGAUGGAUGUUGGGAGCUAGCAAAAGAGUUAAUGCGCUUUCCACGUGCCUCAGUGCGAUCAGAAAUCAUUUAUAUUGACCCGUAAAUAUGAGUUUAGAGUUGUUGGGUAACCAUUAAAGGCGAUGCAUAACAUGUCAUAAUUAUGGUAAAACUCUUAUGGUAAAACUCUUUUGAGUAAUAUAUAUUAUGCAUUGUGCUUGAUGAAUUGGCCAUUUCUUAGUCCAAUUUUGGAAAUGUAUAACUAAAUAAUGGCUUGUAGUCGAUAUCAUUUUGCUCA